CUAUAUCCAAUUUAUAAAAAUUUCACCUGAAAAUAAAAUACAAAGUAAUCUUGCGACGGUAAUGGAGCCGGUGGCGAUGGUGUUAAUGGUAGUAUUAGUCAUCCUGGCAGUUACGGCCGCCAUGGAUGACAAUCAAACCCAAGUCCUAGAAGGCUGUCAAAGUUCUUGUGGAGAAAUUCAAAUUCCAUAUCCAUUUGGGGUUGGAAAAUCAUCAAAAACCGGUAAGAAUUGUUAUUUAUCGGAGCGAUUUAACCUAGUUUGCACAAACUCAACCUUACAUAGAGAUAGAGGUUCAAUUCCAAUCAUAGGCAUAAACAUCACCAAAGGUCAAGUUGACAUGAUGAUUUUGAUCUCCAAAAGUUGUUAUGACAAAGAUUCUGGUCCCACCAUAACCAUUGGGAUCGAAUCAUGGCUAAGAACCACUUAUUACACAAUUUCUAGCAUGGACAACAAGUUCAUAAGUGUUGGUUGUGACACUUAUGGCUACCUAAAUAGUUUCUUCGAUGGUGCAACAUAUUCAACCGGUUGUUUAACGAGAUGCUAUCGAGAAUCGACGAUUAUCGUCGACGGAAAAUGCUCCGGGAUUGGGUGUUGUCAAGUGGAUAUUCCGGCCGGAAUGAGGAACAACACGGUUCAAGCAUUUAGCUUUGAGAAUUUCAAUAGAUCCUUAGGGUUCAAUAAUUGUAGCUAUGCUUUUGUUGCCAAACAUGGAAAUUAUACAUUUUCUAAGGACCAUUUGGAAAAUUUACCUUAUGAGAGGAUGCCUGUGGUUUUUGAUUGGAGUGUUGGAAAUGAGAGAUGUGAAGAGUCUUUGAAAAGUGGUACCAAUGUUUGUAAGGGUAAUUCCAAUUGUGAGGAAUCAGAGGCUGGAAAUGGUUAUCUAUGCAAAUGCAAGGAAGGUUAUCAAGGAAAUCCAUAUCAUCCCAUUGGUUGCAUAGACAUUGACGAAUGUAAGACAGGAAAGCACAAAUGCAUAAGUGAAAGUAAUUGUCUAAAUACAAAUGGGUCUUACACAUGUUUUUGUCCCAAGGGUCAAACUGGAAAUGGCACAAAGGAACAAGGGGGAUGUCAACACCAAAAUUUACUUCCCAAGGUUCUCAUCGGUAACAACCUGAACAAAAAAUACUUUAAAAUAUCUAUUAUUUUUAAAUUUUAA